AGCCUAACCGCGAUUGUAGAAAGUAAUGGACUGGUAAUCGGCAGAUUCUUACGCUCGCAAAGGGUCGAUUGAAAAGUAACGGCUGAAAGGACUAGCGUAGCGCCACGUCCGAAGGCUCCGAACUGGACACGAAUGUCCGAGGAGGAGUAGGAGGAGGAGGAGGAAGAAGAAAGCCGAGUUGCUUCAGUUGCUUGUCGAUUCUCGCCGGGCGAAAUCCGAAGAUGGAGAUUGUUGCGUCAAUAAGAACGUAUUACGACUUUCUGGUAAACUGCGGCUCUGUCAUAUAUUCGAACAGAGUAUUUCAGUGUUGACGUUCGACGCUCAUGCGCGUCCGUGCUCCGUUUAUCACAGUCUAUCAACAGACCGAUCGCGCCGCCCGACCGCACGGAUCGCCGACGGCAUGUUGUGAUAACAUUCGCUAUUUGGCGGCACUAGACGAGACAAACGCACCCCGUUUGAUCAGGCUCCAAUUGUGAGUAUCGCCAUUCGCGGUGAGUCUCGCCCUUCCAACGAAUCGUCGCCUUUGUCCGCCGAGAAGCGCCGGGAUUACCGUCUGGAACGUAACCUAAACGUUACCGAUCAGGGAGCGCCAGGAAUUCGAUCUUCCCCGAGGAAACGCUAGCUUGGCGACAUGAACAUUGUUUCUGACUCAGACUCCGAAUUGAUGGAGGAGAAUGGAGGUAAGAGAAUGAGGGGCAGAGCUCGUGGCAGAGCUCGCGGACGUGCCCGGGGACGAACUAGAGGACGAACCAAGAAGCAGGUCAAGGUCAUUGAAAGCGACGAUGAGGACACUCCGCAACAAGCGGAGGACAACUCCGUGGAAGCGGUCGGCGGCGAGCAGGACGAACACGAGCCCCCCGUGACUCAGCAGCCUUCUCUCGAGCAGUUUGACCUGGAGGCAGACAUAUCGCAGCUGGAAGCGCCGACCUUCACGACCAUCAACCGCGGCCCGCCCGAGCCGAUGCUGCGCCUGAGAUGGGACCAUCGGGUGAAUCUUAUAGGGGAGAAAGUGCUGAAUCCUAUGAUACAUUGCUGCGACAAGUGUUUGAAGCCUAUUCUCAUAUAUGGCCGUAUGAUACCCUGCAAACAUGUAUUCUGCCUGUCUUGUGCCAAGAGAGAAGACAAAGUCUGUCCUCGUUGUGUGGAGAAGGUAUCCAGAGUGGAGCAAACCGGUCUGGGUACCGUAUUCAUGUGUACGCAUGGUGGAACGAGAUAUGGGAAUGCUGGAUGCAGGAGAACGUACCUGAGCCAACGAGAUUUACAGGCUCAUAUUAAUCAUCGGCAUAUAUCGGCGCCACAACCAGUCCAAGGAAUGCAGGUCGAUCCUCCGCAAUACGUGCACGCCAAGCCGGAGAUGGAGUCGCAGCUGACGAAAGUGUCCUCCGUGCAGAUGCAGAACACGCGGCUCAAAUCCGUGCAAUCGCACAUGGUUCAACCGAUCAUGGGUAACGACCCACGUGUGAAUUCGCUGGUGAAUCAGCAGCCGACGUUAGAGCAACAUCGGCAGCAGCACAGGCAGCAGCAGCAGCAGCAGCAGCAGCAACAGCAGCAGCAGCAGCAGCAACAACAACAACAGCAACAGCAGGCGAUGAUGUCGAUGCAAAGUUACGCGCAAAGCGCCGCACCGCCACCGCCACCCCCAAGUAACGCUCCGAUGCGGACCAAUCUCAUCACUGUACAGAUCCAGGAUACGGCGUCCCUGGCCGCGCACGAUCUUCACUCACAGCAGAGUCAUCAUUAUUAUCCUGCGCCACCGCCGCCGCCUCCGCCGCCGCCACCGCCGGUUAAUUACGGCGGUUAUAAUGUGCCACCGCCGGUGUCGCAGCCAACGCAACAGUACUAUCCGCAGCCGCAGCAUCCCACUCAGGUGUCCUAUGUGCCGCCACCGCCGCCACCGCAGCAGCAGCAAUAUGUGUCGUCGGCGCAGACUUCCCUACGACCAUCACCUACCGGUUAUAUCCAGGAACCUCAAUACGGUCCACCGUCUCAGCAACAACCUCCACCGCCACCGCAGCCACAGUGGUCGCAACAUCAACAGCAGUUUUAUAGAUAAAAAAAGGACGAGAGUGCCGCUGGCAUUGGUGAUAAAGUAGUCGUAAACGAUGUGAGGCUUGACACUCAAUCCUGUCUCGCAUAUAUUUCUCUGAAUGGAAAAAUAUUUUUCCAUUCAAAUAAGAAAUAUAUUUAAAAAAUAAACUCAAGAUUAUUUUAUUUCGAAUCUGUUGAUUCUGUGCUCCUUUAACGAAAUCUGAUAAUCCUAAUAACAUAGGAAAAAGGAAAUGCUAUAUAUUGGUUGUCAUAAAUGUGCUUAUAUCGGAGCUUUAAUUAAUAAUUCCCUUAUGAAGGAAGAUGUAGAAAUUAUAGAAAUGUAUAUAAUUUCCCAAUAUAUUUAUAAUGUACAAUGAUUCAGAUAAUAGUGAAUAUUGAAUUGCAGCAAUAAAAUUCUUUUUACUAUCACGCGCAUCUGUAUCUACACGUAGGUAGUUGAUUUUGUAUUUCAAUAUUUACAUAUAUAAUUAUCUGAAUUACUUUACAAUUAUAAAUAAAUUGCAAAAUUGAAGUGUCUCUUACCAUAUAUUCUAUAAACGCUUAAACUUAAUUAAGUCAUUUAAAAAGCACAAAAUUUCAAGAAUCCACAAGUUUUCGUACCAAACCUAAUCUAUAUAAUAUAUGUAUAUGUAUAAUAUGCAUAUGUAUAAUAUGCAUAUACAAGUCUCCAAAUGCUUAUGACAUAUAUUUUAGAUUAUUUUAUAUAUAUUAUGACUACAUAGUUUUAUGUCUGGUAAGAGACACAUCAUUUUAAUUUUGCAAUAAAAUUGAUUUAGCUUUUAUUAUAACUUUAUCGGAAUUUUUCGACAUUUUACUGAUAAAAUCAGACGCAUCGGUAUUUUUUAUGUUCUAUUAAACAUUGCUGGCGUUCCAUCAUAAAGAUUUAAUUAAAAUAUAUACAUUUAUUAUUUUGAGUUAUCGCCAGCAGUUUAUAAUAUAUUUGUAAAUUUGGUACAAGACGUUAAUAAUGAAAUCAUAUCUCUUGAUAAAAGGUGUAUUAAUUGUUUUUAAGUGUUGUAAUUGUUCCAACAUUUGGAAUAUAUUUACAGAUUUAUUUAAAACAUUUCCCAAACCUCCGAGUUGUUUUCUCUUCCGACCACGUUGACUGUAAAGUAUAUUGGUAAUAAAGUCAAUAAAGAUAUUUUGUCGGUAGAAUUUAAUAUUGUACAGAUUGUAACGAUUGUAACUUAUGUACAAAAUUAAUGAUAUUAUAUAUAUAUAUAACAUGUACAUAUGCAUGUAAUAAUUACAUUAGAUUCUUAAAACAUGCUCUCUUCCUGUGAAUUCAACAAAUACUCAUA